CUCUCUCUCUCUCUCUCUCUCUCUCUCAGAUCGAGUUUGACCUUUCGCCAGCCACCGCCUCCUCUCUCUCUAAAUUAUCCACGCUCUCUCUCGACACCACAUCCUCCUCCUCCUUCUCUCUCUUUACUUGAGCCUUAAGUAGAUCCAUUUCCCCACCCUCUCGCUCUCUCUCUGUCUCUCUCUCUCGUUUCCAUCAAAAAGAAUAAACCCUAAUUUCAGUUUCUCUCUAGCUCUCUCUCUCUCUCUCUAUUGCAAUCAUACACUCCUUCAUCAGAUCUCAGCAUCUCUCUAUCUCUAUCGGCGUCUUUCGAGGAAAAAGCUAAGUUUACUUCCUCCUUGUCCAAACUUUAACUCUGAGUUUCUUCUUCUGGUAAUAGUGGAAGCUUGCAGUCUCCAUGGUGGAGGAGAUGAAGAUUACGAUUCAUCCUCAGGAGAAGCAGAUCGCUCACCUUUCCUAAUGCCUUCCUUCUCCUCCUCCUCCUCCACCGCAGCCGUCACCUGAUCCUCCACCGCCACCGUCCUCGCCGGAGACACGAAUCUCUCCUCCACAACUUACCUAACUUUGUCGACAACAUCAUGAACCCACACUUUCCAAAUUUACCCUCCAUGCCCUCUUCUUCUCACCAUCUCCAUCUUGACCCUGAUGCACCAAUUCUCGACCAGAGCAGUGCGAUCCCACCGCCACCUACGGCGCCGUCGUCAUCCGGCGGAGUCAUCGCCACCAAGAACCCUAAGAAGCGGACAAGAGCAUCAAGAAGAGCACCCACCACCGUUCUUACAACAGACACCACCAAUUUCAGAGCAAUGGUGCAAGAAUUCACGGGAGUUCCCUCUCCGCCGUUCUCCACCGGCCAUUCUUAUUCCUCCCUCCGUCGCUUUGAUAUUUUCCGGCCACCCCCUCCGUCGUCUUCCGGUCACAAUCUUGAUCCUCUCUACAACACUUUUCACCCCACAUCUCAAAAGGUUCAAACUUUUAUCUCUUCAUCAUCGUCAUCAUCUUCAUUGAUGAAUUAUCGCUCCAACAUCGUCGCUUCCAUGGCUUCUCCGGCGAUGAACUUUCAGUCUCUUCCCGAUUUACCCCUCCCCAUGCUUCCUCUAGAAACACAGAACACCCAAGUUCGGACAUUUCAGUCCCUCAUGUCUCACCAACAACAACAUCAAUCGGUUUCGCCUCUUGACGAGCUUAACGCGAUGAAUCUAGGGUCGUUACGACACGACAAAGAUCAAGAACAUGAUCGUGAUCGUCAUCGGUUGAUGACCAGACAGGUUGAUGUCCCGUUGCCGACACCGUUACCGAUGCUGCCGGAGUUUGAUCGCCGGGAAAAGGGAUCAGAGACUUAUAAUACCAAUGUUUCCACUUCUUCAUCUUCGAUCAAAGGUUAUUGAGUAUAUCACAUUCGAAUUUGGCCCGUAAGUGUAUGUACCAAAUGAGCAGGAACGGUCGACACAUGUGUCAUAUAUCCGAUCGGUUUGCCAUCUCCCUUUGUAUUAUACGGUCAUUAAUAAUCUUACUAGUAUAGUUAGUUAUAUCCAAUUCCCGUAAAUAUAUAUAUUUUUUAAAAAGGAUCGGUUACUAUUACUUGCUAUAAUGAUCUGUCACACAUAAAUACAUAAUAUUGAUUUUUUUUUAAUAGCAAAAUUAUAUGUUCUCAAAGUAAUAAUCUAUAUUCUCCGACACAAACGGCAAGUCAAGUAUUACUUAUCAAAGUGGAUCUAAUAUCAAAGAAGUUUGAGUUUCUUCUUGGUUGUACAAAUUAUUAUGGUUUAAGUGAUGUCGUAUUUACUCAAAUUAAUAAUAAGAUUCAUUUGUUUAGAAUUUACUCCCUCCGUUUCAAAAUAAUUGU